UUGUUGUAGAUUGUAUUGCGUGAUGAAGCUCCUUCAGUUGAAAAUGUAUGUAAGCCUCGUCGGUGAUUGGUGUUGGAAGUGAAACCCGAAGGUCAAUCAUGAAAAGUUUAAUGCGGUACAUUCCGUCCUGUUGAUUCUUCCAUGAAUAACGGUUUCGAAAAAUGGUGCUGAUGUUGAUUGCCUUCGUCUUGUUAGGCUGUGUGAGCGUCUACGACGUCUCUGCAGUUAAGGUGAUGGAAUUGGAUAGAUAUACCUGUCUUUCCACCAAAAUCCACAAGCUGAAUGAGUACAGCACUGUCCACAUUAAGUGGGGCGGACAGAAGCUGCCGUUUUACUGUAAAAUGUACUUCGUUGGUAGGAGUACAGAUUAUGAGUUGAACAGAUACAGAAUUUGUGUGGAAGUCUUGGAAUAUAACAUCUUCGACUGUGAUUUCAAACUGAAAUACUUCAUUGGAUAUAACAUUAUACCAAGUAAGGUAUAUCGCUGCCAUAACGGAUAUCCUCCAAAGUUCUGUUCCAAUGAAGACGAAUUUUUAGACAUCGAAUUCGACGUCGAUUCUCACUCUUCAUCUUCAGUGACGUUGAAGGUGACAGCAUCAUUAACAUACGAUGAUGGAGAUUUAGUUGGCAUGACAGCGAAAUACGUAGGCGGAGGAAUCGGUGGCAUUGUCUGUAUAGUGAUUGUGUUAAUUCUGCUGUAUCUGAUUUACCGACGUAGGCAUCCGCAAAAUAAUCCAGGGCUGUUGAUGCAAAAUAUACAAGGUGUUAACCCACCACGGCCAUCGACCACAGUCGUUCAACAUACCACUACUAUCCCUACCUGAUGUAGGGGUCGGCCACAGAUGUAACAAACCCUAUGUCUCGGAGCAUUCCACAAGGUGCGACCUCUUAGGAAAAGGCUUUAUAGUUUGUCCUUAAAAUGGAUUGUACAAAAGACAUUGAAAUAUUUUCUCAUUAGUUUCCGGUCACUAUAUUGGUUCAAGUUAUUUCCACACGACUCUCGGAUAAUACUAAUAAAGUUGAUGAUGUUAAGUGAUAUUUUGUUUACAAAAAACUGGAUCAAAUUUAAGGUCACGGUAAAGGCUGCCUCAUAGUGCUAUUUUCCUGAAAUAUCAUGUCUCCGGUAUUGGUAUGAUGUUCUCCUCCCAAUCCUAUAUACACACCUCAUUAGCCAGAAUGUUAGGCUUCCUUGUAUAUCCCUGUCAGUAAAUGAAGUUGUACAAGUCAUUUAAAUAAAUUUGUUCUACCACGGCCAGAAUCAAGAGAGAGAUUAGAAAAAGACAGUGUUUAGAAAGAGGUAUAAAAUUAUUAAUAAGUUAAUAACUCAGCAUCUGUUAAAACGACGGUUGUAUAUAUAUAUAUAUAAUUUACAGCAUAUUUUUUGACUGUUUUGUUUGAAUAAAAUACAGUAGUUAACUUUA